CCUGUGGCGGCAGGGAGGCUAAAGGAGACGCUGCCCUUCGGGAGCCUGCAAGCGGUGAGUGAGGGCUAGGCGGCCAGGCUGGGAGAGCAGGCACAUAGCCAGGGGCAUUAUGGGUAAUGGGUAUUUAUCUGACAGCAUGGUGAGCUGCCCAUCUAAUGGGGGGGGUGCUGGGUAACUGAGAGUCUCACCCCACAUUGCUGGUCACACUGCUGGUUCCUGAACUACAAUCCCAGCAUCCUCAGCCAGCCUUUACACUGACUGAGCACCAUGGGAAAUGUAGUCCUUAAUUCUAUACAGUGCUGAGGUUGGCUGUCCUGCCCUGGGUGCUGGGUCAGUGCAAGAUCUUCCAGAUCAAGCAAUGGGAUGGCUGUUAUAUAUUGGGAAUAAAUUAUAUUAUUACUAUAUAAUUUUAUUAAAUACAUUAUUUCCAUAUAUUAAUAAAUACAUGAUUUCUAUAUACCGGUAUAUCUUUUUAAUAAAUACAUGAUUGCCAUAUAUUAUUAAAUACAUGAAUAAAAAAAAAAAUAUAUAUAUAUAUAUAUAUAUAUAUAUAUAUAUAUAUACAUAAUUGCUAUAUAUUAAUAAACACAUGAAUGCUAUAUACCGGUAUAUCUUUUUAAUAAAUACAUGAUUGCCAUAUAGUAUUAAUAAAUACAUGAAUAUAUAUACAUAAUUGCUAUAUAUUAAUAAAUACAUGAUUGCUAUAUAGUAAUAACUUUAUGUUGCCAAGGCUUUGGUCAGCAGGGAAAGGUAAGGUGAUCUUGCUGCCCUUUUCAUUAGUGAUGCAUUAUGCAUUAGUUCUGAUAUGUCCCCGGUGCACAUUUUGUAAAAGCACAGUCCCCAAAUUUUAUCUGAGGUACAGACAUCUUCCAUAUGUUGUGGGAUUCUGUGUGAACUGUAAUUAUGUUGCAGAGUUCUAAAUGUAGACCAAUCAGCUGGAGUAUUCCUUUUGGUUUCCAUGGUGAUUGCUCCACUUUUACAUCACAGAAAUGUUCUUUAUUUAGAAUCCCAGUAAGAGAGGCAACACAUCUGGAGUUCGGUUGUCCCUUAUCUACUGAUUAUUCAUAAGGCAAUCCAUGAAGCUGCGAACUGAAAGUGAAACUCAGAUCGACUCAUCUUUUGUCUAAAACCCCAAAUUCACUUAGAAUUCCUGCAAAUUCACAUUUUAUGGAAUAACCUUGUCAGUGUUCAAACUGCAAUUUAAUUGCGAAACAGCAGAACUGGAAUUCUGGCUGGCCUGGAAUAAAAUCCAGUUUGGCUAGUUUAGCCUGGAACUCACAAUGUCAUUACCAGUUGUUAAAAACAUGUUUAAGUGAAUAAAUCUUUGCUGUCUGAGUGAUCUCCUGGGCCGAUACAAUGUUUCUGAUAGGGAAACACUGGGAUCUUAUUGUCCAUGUACAGAAAUUGCCUCGCUCUGCUAAUACACGGUUACUCAUAGACAAUCAUUGAAACCAAUGCCUCUUUAUGAGAAGUCCUCCCAUCUGCUGUGAGCAAAGCAAUUGAUGAUUGAGUAACACUAAAGUAUGAACAUCUGCUUUAGCUGAUCAGUACAGACCGUGGUCACCAGACAGAGCCAGGUAAGUGUAAAAUACGUAGAUCCCCAGAUGUUGAACCACAACUCCCAUGAUGCAUUUCAUGCCUUUAGAAUGCUGUAGUUUUAAAAUAUCUGGGGAUCUACCUAUUGGGUACCCUUGAACUACAACAUGCUGUAGUGCUUAUGGUGUUGAAUGUGCCCCUUUAAAAGGCCAUCUCUCAAUGGCGUUGCUGCUUUGUUAAUAAGGAAGCAUUGUUUUGCGGAGCCAACGACAGACUGAAAGCGUCUGCUAACUCUCUCAGCCACUGACCGCCCAUUGUGAGUUACGGUACUUAUUAUUACUUGUAGUGGGUGCCAAGUGAUGGGCUGUGAGCUUUAACCAACGCUAUCAGUCUAUCACUGGCUGCCCAAGCAAUGCUUUAUGUGUCGAGCGGCUGAGGGAAGGAAAGAGAAGAGACUGCCCGAUACGCGCCUGUGGAAAUAAAUUUGGUGUUAACUUUUUUGAGUUUAACACUGCAAGGUAAGAUGGCACCUGGAAACGCUAGGCCCCAUAACUUUUUUUGAGAUAAAGUUGUUAUGGUCCCAGAGGUUUCCUUUAUUCCAGCUGUAAACGUCGAAACCGAAAAGUACUCUGCUGUAAAUACUCCAUUAUGAUCAGUCUAUAAACCCUAUCAGUUCUUGAUAAGCGAGCAAUAUCUGUUGUAAUGCAAAGUCUAAUGGCUACAUAUUGACUAAUGCAUAGUGUGAGAUUGUUACUCGCCACACAAGGUGUUUUGUAUCGCACAGGGCUGACCAACUGCAACUCUCCAUCAGUUGUUGGUGUACAGUUCUAAUGAUUGUCAGCUUUUUAAUUGAAACAAGUUUUGACUGAGGGUCAAAACCAGGUCUGGUAGCUGGAAAUGUGUGACUUCUUGCUGCCAUUUUAACAUGGAUAGAGAUCUAUAUAGAAUAUUCUGCUCCUCACCUGUUUGAGAAACAAAUUCCUCCUCACACAGAUUAGACUAUGACUAAAAUGCCUCCUUGCCCAGUGUACCAAAACCUUCACAAGUCAAUUGCAGGGAGUAGGAAUUUGGGGUCCCUCCAAGCAUUCAUUGGGGUAUAUGUACAUGCUGUAAGAAUAGUCUGCAGUGUACUUUAAAUACAGAUUUCUGAUCUUAGCCAGGCAACUGUAUUUACAGUAAGUUGGCAUUAUGCUCUGCACACUUGGAACAUUUGGAAUCUGAACUCCUCAAAAUGCCAGAAGAUUACUAUCAAAUUCCACAAGUAAGGGAUGUGACCAUGUUUAAUUAAUUAUUUUGACAUGCCUACUGUAUGUUACAAAAUUGGCAUUUGUGCUUCUACAGUGGUUUUCCAGAACAUGUGUAACAUGCUUUGUUAGAUGAGAGAUCCUGCAUAAUUUUUAUAGAAUUCUUAAUAUUUUGGUAAUAAUGCAUGCUACAGUAAACAAAACAAAAAUUGCUUGUUUUUGUCCGAAUCAGUGUCCUGCUAUUAGUCGCAUAUUUGGAUAAAAUAAUGUGUUUUUGUAUGGGUUACAGACUCAUGAGUGCUCCGACGUGUUAUGCAAAGAAUUUUAAGCAGAUUGGUGCUUUUAUUCAUUCCUCCUUUGUUUUAAACCAAUUUCAACAUCAGAAGUUUUAAAAGCUUUGUACUGCCAUGACAACUUUUACCUCGGUUCUGUAAAAGUACUAUAGCUUCAUAUCUUCCUUGUACUUUUGUUAUGUCAUGUGAUUACCUGCUCGAAUUGGUGAGCCCCGAAGAAAUAUUUGACACAAUCAAUUAAAUACUUCAAGGCCGGCUAUCGUCAUUCCAGGCAUUGGCGAUUUAUAUUUCUGAUGUUAAAUUUUUUUUGAACAUACAUUGUAAAUGAGUUAAAAUAAAACAUUCUAUUUUUUUAUUUUAGGUUAAUGAAAAAAAUGGGACACCUGUGGCUGGUUACUAUCUUAAAUACUCAAGAGGGAUAAUUAAUUGCGAAAUCGAAUCACGCGAUUUUCCUUUAUUGGAUUCCUCCACCUAUUUGACAGCAAUGGCAUUUCAGAGGGCAGAGGGGAUGUCGAUCAUUCAGGCCCUUGCUAUGACGGUCGCUGAAAUCCCUGUGUUUCUCUAUACAACCUUUGGCCAGGUAACUGCGUUAUCAUUCUGAAAGUACACUGAUGUAUGAUAAGAUUGGACUAAAUUGUGUGUAAAGUGAAACGGAUUUUUAUCUUGUUAAUGUUCUUUAUUAUUUGCUAUUGGGAGCUUUAGGAACUUCAGAAAGGUGAAAAACACCAACAAUUAGGUUUUGAUUAUAUACAGCAAGUGGAUAUUAUUCCGAUUUAAACAUUUUUUUUUUUAAAGAACAAUUGUAACUUUGAUAGGGAACUGUAAGUGGGUGAGGUGUGUGUGUGUGUGUGUGUGUGUGUGUGGUUUUUUUUUUUUUUUAAAUGUUAAAAGUUUUUAAGUAAUUUUUUUUUAAAUUUUUUUAUUUAUUUAUUUUUUAAAUUUGAGUUGACUGGUAUUAAAAUGUUGCAAAUAAAUCUAUUGCCGACACUGAGAAUUACAGCAAGCGGGGAAUAAAAUGGCCAAGAAAAGAAAAUCUGAAUUUUUGUAAUUUUCUUAAUUGUGCUGUUAAUGUUUAUAUUCUGCAAUUCCAAUCUCCAUUCUCUGCAAACUUCUGUUCAGUUAACAUUUGUUUACUGUAAAUUUUAAUAACCGUGGGUUAGCCCAGAGCUUUCAGCCUAUAUUUGCUGUCCAGGUUGGCCAUUAAUAAUUUAGUAUUUUCCUGCAAAAUUGUAAAGGAACACAGAGUGCACCAUCAUUGCCACUUUUUAAAAUCAUGGUGCAGAAAGUCUGUGGAUGCCGUCCCUCAGUUUUUUUUAGUUAAAAAGACUCUAGGUACUGUUACGCUAGAUCUCUUUGAAGUGGUUAUGGUGUUGGGAGUCCUCUGGCGUUGUACUUUCAUUCAGUGUUGAACUGUUUAGUUUAGCAAUAAGCAAUUAAAGAGUCCCUGGCAACCCAUUUUCUCUGAAAGAUAUCCCCUCUGGUUCUGAAACUGCUUUCAUAGCGGCUCUUCCAAAUCUGUCCAAUGUAAACCGCAGUGAUAUGGUGUGAGCCCUGUGCUAACUCGUGUGUUUGCUGUGGUACGCUUUUAUACGGGUUUCUAAUGGUCUCCAUUCUUUUAGACCACGUUCUCACAGCUCAGACUGUCUCCUGGGCUCCGGAAGGUGCUUUUCGCCACUGCACUUGGCACUGUUGCCCUGGCCCUUGCUGCGCACCAGCUGAAACGCAGAAAACAUAAAAAGAAGCAAAUCGCUGAUAGUGGAGGACUGAAGCCAGGAGGAGUACCUAUACCUGGUAUUUUACCUGUCAGACGCACCUCUUCAGUAAAGAAAGGUGAGGCCUACUUGUACACUGGCUGAGAUGUUCAUUAACUAAUCCAUGAAAAGUAGCGAAUUGAUAAACAUCUUAGUUAAAUAUAGGGUAAUUGUAACAUUAUUUAGUUUUCUUCAGUUUUUCCCAAUGUGACUCUUCUGACAGAAUGAAUAUAUAUAUGUUGGAAAAAAAUGAAGAAAUGUGUGUUUUUUUUUUUUUUUAAUAUGCCCCCAAUGAAAACAUACAUGUGCUUGGUUUUUUUUUUUCCCAUUGGAGUUAUAUCUAAAAGCAGCUUGCAAAACAUGCAGUUAUCUUGUCUGCUGCCUUUGCAAGCCCUCCCCUUCAAACCCAGCCCAGACUUUCCGUAGGUGUCCAAUCACAGACUUCCCAAUGCAGCUCAAUAAGAAGUCUUUGCAAGGUUGGUGCUCUGUGCAGUAGCUGCCUCAGGACCUGUUUGGUUAACAGCUGGUGAUUGUAACAAGGUUAAUGGUGUCCAUUUCUAUUGAAAUAUGCACUUUUUGGGAAAUAUUGAGGGGGGAGGGAAAGGGGGAGACACAUUUUCCUGGUAUAAAGCACUUCAGCAAGCUGUAGUGUUUUAGGGUUUUGAAGUGUCCUUUUAAUAUUCUAGUUUAAGCAAGAACUACACAAGUCAUAGUCCUCAUUCUACCAUAACAAAAUUUUAAAAAAUCAUGAAAAAGACAGAAUUUCAAAAAGGUUAAACGGUUACUGUAACCAAAAACAAGUGGUUUUUCUUUCCCCGAAGUCACUAGUUUUGUUUAGAGAAACCUUUUCUAAGGUGGCCCUCUCCUUUCCCCCUCCCCUCCAACAUGAUGGGGAGAGAGGUCAUGUAGGACGAACUGAUAGGAUGAUAUGGGCGCCAUGAAAGGGUUGGUUGCUGCUAUUGUCUGUAUGGUGCCCACACGCUGUGUGUGUUGGCAAUGGAUGCCACUUUUGCACAGAAUUGACACUUGCCAGCCCGGAACUCUAUUUUGGGUGGGCUACUGACACUGCCGGAGUUGAAUACUGAUCCAGUAACUAAGGUGUUAAUCCUUGCUGUAUGUACAGUGUUUGCAAUGCAAAGCACUGCACACACAGAUGCCUGGCACCAUGACCACUUCAAAUUACUGAAGUCAUCAUGGUGCUUGGAGUUUCCCUUUUAAUCAGGACAGAGGCUUUCACACCAAUAUUUAGCCACAUUAGAAUUUCUCUCUGAUCAAUAAAAGAAAACAAGUGAUAUAGCAAGCUGGUGGUGGACAAGCCUGUAAUUGUAAUAUGAACGCAUGGUUAUGCAAAGCAGCUGAUCUUUGGGUAAGAAAAUGGUCACACUCGAAGGCCAACUAAAUGGACGAAGACAGAAAAGGGCUGGGGACUUGAACGUAUUCCUUUAAUGACGAAUCUCGUUGUCAUUUGUUCCAUUCUGGGAACAAUAUCUCCAUGCUCAAUUCUUGGUGUCAUUCCCAUAACCGCAUUAGAUUAUUUAUUUAUCUUUAAAUAUAUUGCUCAAAUGCGUCUGUCCUGGACACUCUUCAUGUAUUUAUUUUAUUUUUUGUUUGUUUUUCCAGCAUAUUCCCGCGGGGUACAGAGUCCCAGCAGUAAGAGCAAUGAUACCCUAAGUGGCAUUUCGUCUAUUGAUCCAUGCAAGCAUUCAAGUUCCACACACAGCCUUGCCUCGGUAACUUCCCCUCUGAGACAUGUAAUGAUCCUCCUGUAAUGUCUGUGCAUGCAGAUAGAAUCUUACCUAAAUCAUGUGUUCCGUAGUUUGUAGCCUAGUAUUUAGUUUGGGUCAGACCGUGAAAAAGCGAGCAUUCUCCAGUGUACUUGCUUUGGCCUGUAUAAUAUUAAUUUCUUAAGGGGUAAAGGUGAUGCACACUCUUUAUAACUAUUCAGUGUAUAUCGUGGUCCUUGCCUACAGGAUUAAUGAUUCUCAGGUGGAAACCUAUGUAUUUGCUAAAACCUUCUCACUGUUAAUUACUGAACUUGAGAAAUAUUCCCCAAGUCUAUGUUUUCAGUUUAGAUGCUUUGACCUAAAAUGUAAAACUCUUUGAUUUCCCAAUUAUUCACAUUUUAGCGAAUAACAAUGCAGACUCGUUGCCUGUGGGACAUUCAGGCAGCUAAGGCUCAGGAAGACAUUGUGCAAUAUGCUAUUUGGAUUUGUCACAGCUCCAGAAAUCACUGGCACUGUAGUGUCAUGCUGCUGUCCUCAACUCCUGAGCUAGUUCUGUCUGUUAGCUGCCAUGCUUUCAUUCAUAUUAGACUUCUGGUCCUAUAUGUAGCAGGAGUUUAUUACGGCAUUCUCAAUGAAAGGAACAGAUCUAGUGGACAGAUCUCUGCCAUGUCCUUGUUGCUGCAGAAGCUGAACAUCAUUAGCACAUCCAGCAGUCAAGAUGUUUAGUAGGGAGGUUAUUUUUUUUAUUUUUUUUGCAAUUAAAUGUGGUCUGGGUGCAGUGUCCCAGUCACACUUCGUCCUGCAAUGUAAAUCCUUGCCAUUUUUGAAAAAAUGCAAUGAUUACAUUGCAGGACUAAAACCGCCUCUAUUAGACAGCCACUAAAGGCACUUUCUGGUGGUUCAGCGACUUUUGAUCGCCUAAUCGGCGCUGGACGUCCUCACUCUCUGCAUGAGGACAUCCAGCAUCGGCUAUAUCCCCAUAAGAAAGAACUGAAGCAAAGUGCUCGCUAUGCUUGUGCAUUAGCCCAUCCCCAUUCCUGUAAGGUGACGUUGAAAAAGACACAGCAACACCCUAGCGCCGAGGGUGAUUGGCACUGAAAUCGGGUAAGUGUUACAAGGUUUUUUUUUACCUGUGCCGAGUGGGGAACAAAUGCAACUAUAGUGUAAGGAAGACAAUUUUGUAUUCUUUACACUAUAGAAUCCCUUUAACUACUUAUCACAGUUUUUGUAAUAUUAUGUUCUCUGGUAAAAUACCUCUCCCUUCUGGAGGAAGCUGAAAAAUUUAUUCAAAUAAAAUAAUCAUGCAAGACUGCAAAAAAUAAAUCAAAGGAUAGAAAAGAAUAGAAGUCACUCACACCCUGGAGAGCAAUUAUUUGCUCUUAUUUUGAAAGCUGAUUUUAUUUUCUAGAUAGAAAGUGGUUGCUAUUUCCUCUUGUCAUGCCUCUUUUCAUUAUAAGGUGAUGUCUUGAUUGCAGUAUGCAUGUUACCUUUAGUUUAAUUAUGCACCUAUUUUGCAUAGGUGGUGGCUGUGAAUGCCUCAAGUGGGAACGCGGUGGCUGCAGGACAAUGGGAAUCUCAUGACCCAGAAGAACCAUUAGAUGGUGAAGAAUCCAGUGCAGAAAAUCUAUAUAUUCAAGGUCAGAAUACAAGGGACUAUAGUGCUCUAAUUUAUUAUGUGAAAGAUAAUUUUAAUUUAUGGCGAAGGUCUAUAGCUUAAACGGAAUUCCAAUUGUGUAUGUAUUUUAAGUUUAUUUUGUUUAGUUUGCUUGGGGGGGAAACAUUAUAGGGGAGCAACUUUGAACACAUCUGGUGGACCUGCUUUCUAACCGCAAGAUUAUGGGAUGACAUUUUUGGAUACAUUGCAGAGUUUUGUCGAACACAGUCAAAUGCCCCUACACGGCUCUACUUCAAUUAAAUUUAAAGGGAAAUUAUAAAGAUAAAUUCUCUAUAGUAUUACAUACUCUGACCGCUUUAUCUCAAUAGCAAAAAAAAAAAUAAUAAUUUAAAAAAAAAGUGUAAAUGACUGUGUGUACGUAUAAAAGCUAUUUAAUACACCUUUAUGUGAUCAUACAAGCAAGGGUGAGACAAUGUAAAGUGCAUAAUUCAAUUAGUGAUAACUACUAAAUUAACUUACAGUCAAAUGCUUAUUGGAAAAUCACAGGAAAUGCUUCACGUAUAAAAAAGACAAAAGAAAAACAACAUAGUGUAAGAGGGGAGGGGUUAGGAUGGCCCUCACAGACAGGGUGCAGUUAUGUACUGCUCAAAGCAAUGCAGCUCCUCAAUGAAUUGGAUCCACAUGGACGGUUGUAUAGGAAAUGGCCUUUAUUUCAAACCGUUAAAACCAGGACAACCCACAAUUUGCCUUCAAAUGCAGCAUAACGUUCGCCUCAGAAUUGACACAGAACCAGGACAGCUACACAAUUUGCCUCCAAUUCAGCUGACGAACGGAGAACCAGCUAGCAGCUGAGGUGAGCACAAGUCUGAGUCUCCGAGAACAUGCCAGUACUACUUCCGGGGGCUGGGGGAAAGAAGUUCCACGUGAUGACUAGUUUCGCCAUUAAUUCGGCUUCCUCAAAUCGCUAUUCAGGCUGUUCACUCAGUCCUUCCUUUUACAUCGAAAUAGUGCUUAAGGCACACUAUAGAUACCCAGACUACUUCAACUCAUUGAAGUGGUCUGGGUACAGUGUUCUUACUGCCCUUACUCAUACAAUAUAUAUAAUUGCAGUUUUCGAGACUGACAGCCACUAAAGGCGCUUCUUGCUCACUAAGCGACUCUCGCCUAAUUGAUGCUGGACGUCCUUACGCUUUGCAUGGAGACAUCCAGCGUCUUUUAAAUCCCCAUUGAUUCAAUGCUUUCAUAUGGGGAGCGCCUCAUGUGCUUGUGAUGUUCGCUGAACGUGCGCCUUAGGUUUUCUUGUCGGACGAGGUGGAGUGACGAGGAACAUUGGGAUUGGGUGAGUAAAAGGUUUUUAACCCUCUAUUGGCUGGGGCGAGGGAAGGCAGAGGGAGCUGUAGUAUUAGGAAUAAAGGUUUGUAUUACUAACACUAUAGUGUCCCUUUAGGAUGCCAUCCUUUCUCACCCUCCCCCUCUCUCCCUUUCUUUUAUUAUUUUUAAACCGUUUUACACUGUUGGAGUAUUGUACACAGUACUGGAGACCGUAUCUUCAGAAGGAUAUUGAUAUUUUAGAGAGAAUUCAGAGAAGGGCUACUAAACUGGUUCAUGGAUUGCGGGAUAAAACUUACCAGGAAAGGUUAAAGGAUCUUAACAUGUAUAGCUUGGAAGAAAGACGAGACAGGGGGGAUAUGAUAUAAACAUUUUAAAUACAUAAAGGGAAUCAACACAGUAAAGGAGGAGACUAUAUUUUAAAAGAAGUAAAACUACCACAACAAGAGGACAUAGUCUUAAAUUAGAGGGACGAAGGUUUAAAAAUAAUAUCAGGAAAAAUUACUUUACUGAGAGGGUAGUGGAUGCAUGGAAUAGCCUUCCAGCUGAAGUGGUAGAGGUUAACACAGUGAAGGAGUUUAAGGAUGCUUGGGAUAGGCAUAAGGCUAUCCUAGCUAUAAGAUAAGGCCAGGGACUAAUGAAAGUAUUUAGAAAAUUGGGCAGACUAGAUGGGGCGAAUGGUUCUUAUCUGCCAUCACAUUCUAUGUUUCUAUGUUUGUUGUUGAUGAUCUCUUGUCUCUUUAUCCCUUAAGCAUUACCUACUGUGAUCUUCCAUUAAGCAUUUGCCUAUAAGUUAAUUUAUUAGAGUGAUCACUAAUCAAAUUAUGCACCAUUUAAUUAUGCAUUAUUCAUCCUUGCUUGUAUGUGCAAAUAAGAGUUUAACAACUUAAUGGAUUUAUAUGUAUACACAGUCAUUUAAACUAUAGAAUUUUUUAUAUAUAUAUAUAUAUAUAUAUAUAUAUAUAUAUAUAUAUAUAUAUAUAUAUAUAUAUAUAUAUAUAUAUAUAUAUAUAUAUAUAUAAAAAAAAUUUGUUUUGCUAUUAUAUUAACUUUGUAAUCAAUUUAUAAAUUGGUUUUACUCACUAUAUUAAAUGUUUAUAGUGUAUUUAAAGGCAUAGUGCAUGUUAACCUUACAUGUAUUGAAAUAGGUGUUUUUAUUGGGUCUUUACACUACAUAAGGUUGCUGCAUUAUCUAUUAAAUUGUCUUUAUAUAUAAAAAAAUAAUAAAAUUUUUUUACACAAAUAAGCGCCAUACAUUCUGACCGCUGCAAAGCUUAUGAUGGCCAGAAACUGGAAAUAUUCUAAUAUCUCAAAUUGGGACGGGUUCUCAGAACAAAUCUGGCAAUGUAAGAUUGAACUCUUUUGCACAAGGGCAGUAAAUUGGAGAUCACGCAAGGUAGAUAUGUGGAAAUACCGGAUACAAAGUUUGGAGCAUGGUAACAAGCUAGAAGUAGUAGUAAUAAUAAAGAUGGGAAAACCAAUUUUUUUUAUUUUUUUUGCAGGCACUUUCAGGAUUUAGGGCAAUUUAAUUGACUUAAGAUGUUGUUCGAUAAUAGUCAAUGUGUGAACUAUAUGUACAUUUAUUGUGUGUAAUUUCUUUAUCUUAAAAAAUAAAAAUCCGUUUAGUAGAUAUACCCCAAAUUAAAACAAACAUGCAUAUUUUUUUUAAUUGGGGGUAUAUCUAAAAACAGUUUGCAAAAGUUGCGAUUCUCUUAUCUGUUGCCUUUGCAAGCCUCCCUCUUCUUUUCAAGUUAGACAGGACUGUCCAUGACCUCAGUGCAGCUCACUAUUCAAAUACUAACACUCAUACCCAGCAGUGAUAUACAAAGCUGGACCCAUUUUUUAUUUCUUCUAUUAAUUGAAAUCAACCUCUCCACCCCGUCUCAUCCGUGUGUUGGACCUACCUGUGGGCACCCUGUCUUUUAUUUUACGUGGUGCAGAUGCACACAUUUCCUGUUGGAUGGAGUAGUUUGGGUUAAAAUGUCAGCAACAGCCUAAUAACUGCUUAAAGCAUAUUUAUUAAACCUAUAUAUCACAGAUUCCUUUGUUUUUUUAUUUUUUAUUUUUAUUGAAUGCAUUAAUCUAAUGUUCACUUUUUUGGAACAUUACAUUUAGUAAGUGAUUGUGACUUCAUUGCUUUUCUGUAAAUCAUUGACUACUGUCUGCUACAGGUCAUUUAUACUGGGUAAAUGUACUUAUGUAUUUAGGAUCCUUGUCAAGGUCAUGACCCACAUACUGUUAGGCUGCAGCUCACAGACGGGCGCCCUGACAUUACCAUGUAGGACUUAGAAUAUGCAUUUUUAGAACAUAUAAACAAUGCAAUACAGAUAGCCAGAGGGUUCACAGACUGUUUUGUUAGCUACUGUUGCACCAUGAGAAAUGUAUAUCACUGUUUCAAUGUUCUACAUUAAAGAGAAAAUGCAAGUGUGUAUGUGUAUAUAUGUGUGUAUAUGUAUAUGUGUGUAUAUAAAUAAAUAAACUGGAUCCACACUUAUUUUAUAAAUGUAAAAAAAAAGUACAUUCUAAGUGAUAAACUGUGUGUUUUAAAGUGAUCAGUGCUGGAUAGAAGUCUUACUGCUUGGUGUAACAUAUUAACCAGCUGUUUGCUUUCAGGCUGUUAUUAAACCCAACUCCCAUUGUGUUUGGCUAUUGGAUUGACCAUGUGGCAGAGCUUCAUGGGAUUUGUAGUUCAGCAGCUGUAAUGAUAAUGGAUGGUCAUGCUUGGUGUGAUUUUAUGCAAGACAUAUUUUCAUGUUCCCCUUUUUUUAAAAAUUGUUUUUUUAUUUUCCCGGACUUCCAGGAAUGGAGCUUUUCGAGGAAGCUUUGCACAAGUGGCAGCAAGCUCUGCACAUUGGACACAGGUGCAGCUCAAGUACUCCGACCGCUCAGAUUAGCGAGAUCAUUGAGACCCUGCCUGAGGACUUGCCUGAGGUAGGUGUGAAAGUCUAGCUCUGUCAAACACCCAUUUCAGGGACCAGUAACACGAGGAUUUCUGUAGUUCACAAAUAAUCAGCUAGCUUGUGGUGACUCUCUAAUCAUACUUGCGAAAUUCUGAAUGACCCCGUACCAGACGGAUAAAAGAAAAGCAUCCAGUGUUGGACGUGGCCAUUCAGACGGCAAAAUAUGGACUUUGUUCAUAGAAUUCCGGCUCUAAGCAUGGCUGAAAGCCAAGCCUGGAUGCUUCAAAUAUGGGCUUUGCCUUAUAAAAUAAAAAAAUGUAAAAUAAUUAUUUGACCUCUGGCAGCUCUAGCAGCCAGCAGUCAAAUAGCUAAACUAAAAUUCAGUACCGUGGGGGUUAAUGUGGCAGAUGGCCAGUGCUUGCUAGCCAGCCAUCAUAUUUUAACGUAAAAAAUCUGAUUGGAGGUCAAUAUGACCUCUAUAUUCCUAUAAAGCCAAUGCCCACAUCUACCAUUCUGUCAGCUCAUAAACAAGACUUUUGAUAAACUAAUAGCAGGCGCAGUAGGACUGUUGUCCAUUUACUGAGCUGUUCCACUUAUCUUAAAGGACCACUAUAGGCACCCAGACCACUUCAGCUUAAUGAAGUGGUCUGGGUGCCAGGUCCAGCUCGGGUUAACCCUUUUUUUUUUUAUGAACAUAGCAGUUUCAGAGAAACUGCUAUGUUUAUGUUAGGGUUAAUCCAGCCUCUAGCGGCUGUCUCUUGACAGCCGCUAGAGGCGCUUGCGUGCUUCUCACUGUGAAAAUCACAGAGAGAAGACGCCAGCGUCCAUAGGAAAGCAUUGUAAAUGGACUGGCUGAAUGCGCGCAGCUCCUGCCGCACAUGCGCGUUCAGCCGAAGAGGGAGGAAAGGAGGAGGAGAGCUCCCUGCCCGGUGCUGGAGAAAAAGUAAGAUUUAACCCUUUCCUCUCCAUCCAGCCCGGCGGGAGGGGGACCCUGAGGGUGGGGGCACUCUCAGGGCACUAUAGUGCCAGGAAAACGAGUGUGUUUUCCUGGCACUAUAGUGGUCCUUUAAGUGAAACUACUCCUCGGCAUGUGGUACAUGGGUUUACGCACGUUGUGCAAGUGUCUACCUGCAGCUUAAUGCUUGUUCACUAAACUGUGCCCAGCGGGAGACUUAUUUUUCCCAUCAUUAUUUUAAUGUAUUAUCUAUGCAAUUUUCUUUUUAUUUAUUAUAUUUUUUAAAGUAAUUUUUACCCCAUUGUUUGCUUUUACAUUUUCAUAUACUAUUUGGUUAUUUCUUGUGAUUUUUUUUUUAAAAUUUAUUUAUUUAUUUAAAUAAAAAGUUAAACGAUUUAAAUAGCUUUUUUUAAUAGUUCAAAACUAGUGUUAAAAUCAUAACUGAUUACAUUGCUGGUUUGCUUCAGGAAAAUCUGGAAAUAGAUUUUUCCAAUACAUUUAUUUAGCAAAUGUAUCAAUACAUUUUUCACCAGUCCUGGGUGGUUAUGGGAAGUGUAGUCCAAAAAUAAAUGCGUCCAGGGUUCUUUGAAGAAAAGGGGUCCAAUCCUUAUACAUGUCUGAAAUAUAUUUUGAAAACCAGCCACGUUUUGACCUUCAAUAAAAGCAUUCAGAAUCAAUCCUAGAAAAGGAAUCUUUUAGGUUUUAGCAGGGAGCAAGGAGGCACCAAUCAGCUGAUUAGUUAGCAGACAUGAAAAAACAGAAUUAAAAUGUAAACAAAUCAUACUGUUUUACAACACUUCAGUGCACUGAUACACCGCAUGCAUUUACAUAAACGUCGUUGGUAGUGUGCUGUUUAAGUGGGUUGUUCAGCCAUCAUCUGUGGGUUGUUCAGGACAAGGAGGGAGCAAUUAAUUGUGGCUCUCUAUAGUCUAGGGGUACAAGGACACACAAACAUGUCUUGGCUAACAAAACACUGCAACUUGCUGAUAAACAUUCAUGCGUUCUAAUUUUUUUACUUUCUUGUAAAGCAUUUAAUUUAAACCAUCUGUAACUUUUUUUUUUUUAAAUCCCAAAAAUCUUAUAUUUAUCAUGCCAUUACAAUAAUCACACCAUGUUCUUUUUGAGUUAGAACUUCUCCAUAUUCAUUAAAUCACGUGUUAAGUGAUAAAUCUAAUUGCCUUUUCAUUCAUUUAAUUACUUAACCAGUCUACAGCUCUGGCUGUGCCGCUGCCAUUGUACCAAGUCAUUUAAUGUUACACAACUGUACCCCACUGCCCUCCUGUCUGCUCCUACCCCUUCCUGAUUGAAAGGACUUAUCCCACUAGGCUGAUUUUCUAGCUUCUUAGUUAGACCAGAGUGAUGUGUCAAACUACUUCUAUAUUAUCUCAGCAACUACGACACACUAGAGGAAUAAUGGCAGCAACUACAGUGCAUGUCCUGCACAGAUGUGUAAUAUUUUUCAGGACUGUUUUUUUGUUUUAAAAACCGCAAAACUGGAUAAAUCUGUUUCUGUUCAUGGUAGUUAUGGACUAAAUGUCUUAUUUGUACUAGUAAUAGGGUAAAUCUGCAUUGUGUUUCUGGUAGUAAUGGGGUGAAUUUGAGCCUUAUAUCUGUAAAAAAUGUGAAAAUCUACAUGUCCUACUGCCUGUGCCUGACACAGGAAACCCAAACCAAGGAGUUAACAGGGAAGAUUGAAGCUCUUCUCCAUCGAGCCUACAACCUGCAGGAAGAAUUUGGGACAAGCACACCCCAAGAGGGCAGCAUGCUGAUGGAUUUGGGUAAAUACCGUGUGAACAUUUAAAAAAAAAAAAUAUAUAUAUAUAUAUAUUUAUAUAUAUAUAUAUUUUUGGGGAAUAUUUUUUUUUAUUUUUUUUUAUUAUUUUAAAAAAAAAAAUCCUUUUGAUAAUAAAGGGAAAGUAAUAAAUUUUUUUUAUAUAUAAAUAUUUAUAAAUUUUUUGUAUUUUUUUUUUUAUUGGUAGAAAUGAUUUAAACUGUAACCCUUUCAGUUAAAACUGAGCAUUUACUAAAUCUUUGUCAGGCUCAUUCACUGAAGUGGGCUUUUUUGGGGCAUACUAUCAACCCACCCCUUUUUAAAAAUGUUAUUUAUUUUUUAUUUAUAUUACGUCUACACAGUUUUUUUGUUUUUUUGCUUUGUUUCUUUUAGCCUUUCCACCUAACUUCUAUAAAACAUUAUCUCCUUUAAACUGUAGUAUGUGUUUAGACACUUACUGGUUUGUGUAAAUAAAAUAGUUUUGUCUUGUCGUAAAAGACUUCGUUAGCUGCAAAAUUUGUUAUCAAUAGGUAAUUAACUCAAAUAAAAUGUUCUGAAUAGCCCUGCCCCAAGACAGACCUCCAGAUCCCUUUCUGACCAUUUGAGAUUUAAGGAUUUAUGUUACCAUAUGUCUGUGCUCUUCUGUCUUUCGGCUGGAUUCUUUGCUUUGACAAAUAUUUGUCUGUGCUGAUGUUUUCUCCUACUCAGAAGGAGCUUUGAUGUUCCCUCUUUUGGAAGGAAGACCGCUACGCAUGGACGAUGAUUACAGUACAACUUCUGAGGAUUCCUUUUUCUCAGCGGCUGAAGUGAGUAAUCUGACGAUUUUCUUUAACUACGGCUGGCCAUAGUCUUUUGACUUUGUGCAAGCACUUAUGACCCAGUACCAUUUAAAAAAAAAAAAAAAAAAAAAAUUGCAGAGAAAGGCAAAAUUAAUUGAAAAAGUUAGAUGCAAAAACAGACUAAAUGGGAGAAUGUCUAAAAAAAAUUACAUUGGCCUAACCUUUAAAAUUCGGUUUUCAAAUAACCCCCCAUAAUCUGUUUGUGAUCCAUCUUUAUAACUCAAAGACCUGCAUUGUUUAUUCCUCCACUUGCUGUUUUCCCCUUUUCCUUUCUAUUUUCCUUUAGAUUUUUUUAGACUUUGCUGACCUGCUCACUGUUAAUUGGGUCACAUCAUUAGUUUCAGCUAGGCUUUAGCAUCUCUAGCCUUUAUGGUAGAGAUUCUGUUUCAAAACUCUUAAUUGGUCCUGUGACUCUUUUUUUCAUAAAAUGUAUUUUGUUUUUCUCCCAGCUCUUUGACAAUUUACAACUUGGUGAUCUACCUGUUAUGCCAUCCAAGCCUGCUGCAGCAUAUAAAGAAGCCAUGAAGUUGGUCCAAAAGGGGAGCGUAUUAUGCAGGACAGUAAGGUAAUAGUUGGUUUUUAGCCAAACUCCCCCAUUUGGGGGUUAGCUUGUAAGAGGCAAAUAUUUGCUUGCUGGGUGCUUGAGCGUUAAUUGAAUUAAAAAAGUUUGUUAAGCCAUUAGUUUUGGUCUUCAUUUGGAUUUUGCUCUUAAAGGGACACUAUAGUCACCAGAACAACUACAGUUUAUUGGAUUUGUUCUGGUGAGUAGAACCAUUAACUUCAGGCUUUUUGCUGUAAACACGGUCUUUUCAGAGAAAAUGCAGUGUUUACAUUACAGCCUAGUGAUAACUUCACUGGCCACUCCUCAGGUGGCUGUUAGAGAUCCUUCCUGGGUCAUGGCUGCCUAAAAUGCAUCCAAACAUUCAGUGUCUCCUCCCUCUGCAUGCAGACACUGAACUUUCCUCAUAGAGAUUCAUUGAUUCAAUUUAUCUCUAUGAGGAGAUGCUGAUUGGCCAGGGCUGUGUUUGAAUUGUGCUGGCUCUGCCCCUGAUCUGCCUCUUUGUCAGCCUCAGCCAAUUCUAUGGGGAAGCACUGUGAUUGGAUCAGGCCACCACUUCUGCUGAUGUCAGCAGGCAGUGGGCAGGUCUAAUGGAAACAGAAAAAGUAUGCAGCUGCAGACUUGAAUUCAAAUAAGAUUUUACUAUAUUUAUGGAAGCAUGAGGGGACCAGGUUGGCUAGAUGGUGGUUUUAACACUAUAGGGUCAGGAAUACAUGUUUGUGUUCCUGACCCUAUAGUGCUCUUUUAAUAUGAGAACUGAGUGAAACAUUCAAAAAUUGCAAACAAAUAGUUGACAUGUUCAUCCAGAUUUCAACUGGUCAUUGCAGUUUACAGGGUCCGGGACACUGAGAAUAAAAUAUAGAAGACUAUUCAGUCGAGCGGAUUGUAGCAAAUUCUUAAGGUUCUACUUCUGUCAUUGGUACUUGAGGACUACGUAAUUCAAAGGCCACAUGAGCCAACUUGCAUUUUUAGAGUUGAAUCCCCCUAUUAUUGCGAAUCUUAUGUUUUGUAAUAUAUGUCAUCAUAUAUUCUUCUCAUCUUUAAUCACAAUAAAAGUAGACCUGUCUUUUUUUUUUAGUUUUAACAUGCCAAUUUUUUUUCAUUUCUAGAACAGAAUUGUUGGGGUGUUACAAUGACCAAGACUUCCUGGCCAAACUCCACUGUGUCCGACAGGCAUUUCAGGUAAUGGAGCAGUCCUUUAACACCCACUUAAACAGCAGCUCACAAAUCUCGCGUCCUUUUCCUUUUAACAGCUUUAUAUAUUUUUUUCUAUUAUUCUAGCUGCUACUAGAAGAUGAAGGGAAUCAAUUGUUUUAUGGUGAAGUCGGAAAGCAGAUGGUGACUGGGCUCAUGGUCAAAGCUGACAAGGUAUAGGUUUCAUUUAUGGCAUCUAAUUCAUAAAACAUUCAUUGAAGUUUGUUUAUAAACAAAUUAUUAACGUUCGACCAGUUUUACGGACCCCUGCAAACACUCCCAGAUAUCUGUAAUUUGUUUUAUUUUUAGAACCCCAAGAGAUUCCAUGAAAACUAUGAGGCGAUGCUACACUAUACGUUAAAAGAGGAAACUUGGCCCACCACUCAGAAGGAACUUGAAGGACGUGGGGUAAGAAACAUGUCACCAUUUUAAAUAUUACUUAUCAUUUUUUUUUUUUUUUUUUAACAUUUAUUUUGUCUUACAAUCUGUGCAGGUCGUGUGUAUGAAUUUCUUUGACAUAGCCCUAGAUUUCAUAUUAAUGGAUGCCUUCGAAGACCUUGAGAACCCACCAACCUCAGUUAUUGCUGUACUGCGCAAUCGAUGGCUUUCUGACAGUUUUAAGGAGACUGUGAGUUAAUUACUACUUUAAUUUUUUUUUAAAUAUUGAGUGUCUCGCUCUCUCACACACACACACACAGACACACACACACACACACAGACACACACACAGACACACACACACACACGUUUCAAUGGCUUAGAGCCACUACUUUGUGUGAUGUUUUGUUUUUUCUUUCUCUUUUCUUAAUGGUAUAAUUUAAGGGGAUGCUAUUAUUUGCUUGCAAGGUUGCUUGCUGUCCUGAUGAAAGUUCCCAAGCGGAACUGAAACGUUGAUGUUUGGAGUAAAAUAAAGUUUUCUUUCAACAAAUCCUGGGAGUGCUGGUUAUUUUUGGCUUUUAUUUAUCAGUGCAAUCGAGCACCGGGUCAUUUACAAUGUGAGUAGGAGUGCAAGGUUUUGUUUUAUUUAAUAAAAAUAUAUAUUUAUAUAAUGCAAUAAGUGGACAGCACACUUUGUGUAACUAUAAGGUGAAUGUAUGGUGAAAUCCUAUGGUUUUACAUAUCGGGCUAUAAGAACAGUCAUCUGUUCCUUAGCAGGUCUUAAAAUUGGGUAAAUACAACCUCCAAUGAACACCACCAGGUGACCUCUCACAUUGUGUCAUGAUUUAGUUAACAAAAUAAAGUGUGAAUACAGUGGGACCACGGUUUACAAAUGUAAUGCAUUCUCUGGGACGUUUCUUAUUGCGAAAAAUUUGUAAACGGAAACCAUAGGAAUGCACUGAAAACCAAUUAAUCCGUUCUGUAGGUCAGAAAAAAAGUCAAAAUGACCUGGCAUGGAAACCAACCCACAAUGCAGAACACACAGUAAAAGGCAUGCAAACGACGAAGUUCAGCACCCCUACCUUUCCACAGCUUGAGAAAUGCACCAAAAAGUCCCAAAACAACUGCAAACAAUUCCCAGAAUGGCUCCAAAACUCAAUGUAAAAGCCGCUCCAACACCUCCACACUCGACGCCACGUGCUACCCACAGGCUCCAGCAUGCAGGGGGCGGUGCUAUAAACCUCCCAGGUGCAAUGCAUCCUGGGGAAACUUGCUUUGUAUUGCGAAACAAAUUUGUAAACCGAUACAUUAUUUUCAAUGAAUUUUCAUUUGUAAACCGAAAAUUAUGUUAACCGAGGCGUUUGUAAACCGAGGCCCCACUGUAUUUGUGUGUGUGUGUGUGUGUGUGUGUAUAUAUAAUAUAUUUAUUUUUUUUAUUUAAUUUUAUUUCCCUUUUAGCACCAAUCAAGUUGCACAUUUAUUUGUUUACACACUUGUAUUUAUCCACAAUUUGGUAAACAUUUUUAGGUAUGGCACUAGAGAAAUAAUUCAGAGUUUAGUUCUUUAUUUUCUUUCAUUGUAUGUGCUUCUAUAUCAUGUUAAUGCCUGGGCUUUGGCCAUCUGUUUAUAAUAUUUUCUGUCUCUCUUAGGCAUUAGCAACUGCCUGUUGGUCUGUCCUUAAAGCAAAAAGAAGGCUUCUAAUGGUAUGUAAUUGGCAACUAAAUCUGUAACAAAACGAUAUGAUGAGAACACACUUUUGGUUUUGAGCGUUGGUUUCACGAAGUUCAACCGUUCAUAUGUAUAAAUAAACCGUAACUACAAAAGGAAACCUGUCAUUUUACGUUCAUCUAAACCUACCACUAUAAAAUCAUAUAAUUGAGAUAAAUGAUAUAUUUCUAUACUUCGGGAGCUGUAUUUGAAUUCUUACUUGCUGCCCCUUGUUCCAGCAAUGGGCUGAAGGUAUUAUUUACAUAAUAUGGGUGUAGCAGAUGGCACCAGGCGACCCUACAAGAAAUACUGUAUAAAGCUGCAUACGUGUAUCUGCUGUAAUUUCUGUGCAUUUAAAAAGACUUGUAUUCCUCUGAUUGUUCGGUAGUUUAAUUCCCUUAGUUAAUUCGAAUGAAACUACCGAACAACCAGACCUCCCUGUGUGAAGUGUGUCCUCAAUUACCCGUUGCAACAUUGUUGCGAACGGGUAAUUGAACAGUAAGUAGCCGUCCUUUGUUCUCGGGGGUGGCCGCCAUUCGACAAACGAACACGUGGCGGCGGCCAUUUUAAAACUCCCGAACAGCGGUGUUUUGCCGUCGAGUGCCUGGAACUAAAAUCGGACACUCGAGUAGGCGAACACCGCUGAGACCUCCACAGCCCUGGUCCGUUCGGUUCCAAACUACCGAACGGCCCCUCGUUCGGUAAAUAGAGAAUACCGAACGAGGGGAUUCAGGCGAACCCUCCCUAGCCUCUAUAGCUAGAGGCUUUCGUGUAUUUUAUUCCCUUAUGCCAGGACCGACCGCAAGGCCCAUUCACAUGGAACCGAAUUCGGCUAUCUCUGUUCGUGCGGUCGGUCAUUUUAUUCCCUCCAUACUUUUCCCGAACCCCUGGUCCGAUCUGGGUGAUUUUUGGAUAUGUUGUUCACCCAGAUCAGGGCUACCCGGGGAUGUAUGAUUUAAAGGGGUACCCCUACGUUUAGGGGUACAUCCAGAAAUUGGGGGAAUUGGUGUGCUGGCUAAGGGGAUUAUGAUGCUAGCUGAGGGGAGGGGAUGUGUGGGAGGUUACCAGGACAGGAUUGGCUACUGUAAUAAUUACUGUAAGUUCCUCCCUUGCAUGGGAGCAUGCUUUAUAAGGAGACUGCGAUUAAAGGCUUGUCAGUUAUGCUCCUGAAACUGUGUGUCGUCCAGUUAUUGGGAUUGCUGUUGGGAUAUUGCUGUAUUCUACCUGCUGGAAACCCUGCCUUUGGAUUUAUUAUUUACUUGUUCCUGAGUCUCACUUGGAUUAUAAGCGGAGAUAACCUGGGUAAUAUUGUAUCUCCGCUACAAUGGGCAUAUAGCAGACAAGGAAAUAAGGAUAUCUCUAAUUACAAGCAUAGAUAGAGAUGUAGGGUGGAGAGAGUAAAAUGGAAUUACUCUAGGAUAGUAGAGAGGGAUGGUUAGUGUGAAGGAUUUUUCAUGUAUUUGCCUGUGGGCCUUGAGUUAAACCUUCUCCCUGCUGUUUAAAUGCUUGUAUCCGUUCGGUUCAAUAUGCAUGUACCACUUUAAGAACCAAGGGUAUGUGUGUGUAAUGCAUUGCAGAACAUUUUUAAAAAGUUGACAGUUGGCAGUUAAUUCCUGGAGCCGAGAAUAAAGUUCAGUUGACUCCCUGAACGGUGUUUCAUCUGGUUACUGGGGGAUUUGGGAUAUUACUUUCUAUACCAGCGGAGAUCUGGGGACUUAAUAUUGCAGUCCCGUUACAACUGGUUGGCAGCGGCGGGAUUUUCCCUUCUACUUCCGUUACACCAGGAUUCCAAGCAGACACUGGGAACAGUGAAUGGAAGGCUGGUACACCCUGCUUAAAAGAAAUACACUGAAAGAGCUACUGGAAGCUCGUGGAAGGAUUGCUAGCAACAAAACCAAGCAGGUCAUUAUAGCAGAGUUAAUGGAGCUAGACCGAGAGAACUUGGUUGCAGCAAUGCCAGCUGUACAAGAGAUGGAGACACCAGUGAUUCAGGAGGAGGAAUCACCAGCCAACAAAGAAAUGAGGGAGAAGCUAGCAUGGUUCGGUCCAAACCCAACGGCUGACAUUAUUCUGAAAGUAAUGAGCCUUUUAGCGGAGGAGGCUAAACAAAAAAGAGACGCAGAGCUACAAUUAAAACUGGCAGCGGUCCAGCAGGCAGCAGCACACUUCCCAAACAGUGAGUACAACACAGCGGAUACAAAGAAAAUUCCGUUCAGCGCUUUUAAAGCUUUUGACGAAAAAGACUGUGAGAUUGAUAACUAUUUAGCAGAUUUUGAGCGGCAAUGUAACCUGCACCGGAUAGCUAAGGAAGAAUGGGUUUCAAUAUUGUCAGGAAAGCUGUCAGGCAAAGCCUCUGAUGCUUUCCGGGCUGUACCAGAACAGGAGAUCCACAGCUACGCCAGGGUUAAAGAAGCACUCCUGGCCCGUUAUGCAGUAACCCCAGAGUCCUACCGACAGAAGUUCAGGGACUCACGCAAAACCGCUAAAGAUUCCUACGUGGAAUGGGCAUGCCAGUUAUCCCUGUCGGCCUCGAACUGGGUUAACAGUAGCCAGGCCGCCACCGCGGAGGAGAUUUUGCAACUGAUACUCCUGGAACAGUUUUACAACCAUAUCCAGGCAGAUGUCAAAGACUGGGUGAGAGACCGCAGGCCCCUGUCUCUACUAGAGGCCGCCAAGUUGGCGGAUGAGUAUGCGGAUACUCGCAAAAUUAACCAAGUUGCACCACGGGUACAACCUCCAAAACCUUCAGUGCCAUCACACCCACCAGCAGCCCGAUACCAACCCCCUAACCGACCGGUGACUUCUAACUCUCGCUACCCACGACAGGAUGUCAGCGAGCUACGUUGCUUCCGGUGCCGACAGCUGGGUCACAUCCGACAGAAUUGCCCCAUGAACAACCACACCAGGUCAAAUUUGGUCUCGACCUGGGUACCAGCAACCACCAGCAGCAGCCCAUUGUGUAGAUUCGACUUGGGAUCCCAAGGAGCUGGGUCAGGAAGAACCAUUGGGCACCCUUUACGAAGCCCUCAUGGUGCAAUCCACCGUCACAGACAAUCGGAAACACCAUUGCCAACUGGUCAUGGUUAAUGGCAAGACAGCACGGGGAUUAAGAGACAGUGGUGCAACCAUCACGCUAGUACAACGACAUCUCAUUAACGCAUCGGAGAAGCCGGGGAAAUCAAUUGCUGUGAGAGUGGCAGGGGGGGCAGUGUAUCGCAUUCCUACCGCUCAAGUACACCUGGACUGGGGUGCGGGAGCUGGCAAUGUUCAAGUGGGCGUAAUGAAAGACUUACCCUCUGAAGUCGUGUUGGGCAAUGACAUUGGGCCCCUGACUUCGGCGUUCGCCUCAACCACCGCUCAGGAGGCCCACGCAGUAACCACCAGAGCACAAGGUCGCGCUGCCGAGAGCCAUCCGCUUCCUACUGAGACCCAGGUAAGCCAACCCGACCUACCCCUGACUAUAGAACCCCUUCCCUGGGACACCCCAGAAGACUUUGGGCGGGAGGUGACCGGAGACCCUUCCCUCAGAAAGUAUCGAGAGAAGGCCAGGCGAGGAACGGGGGGGUUAGAGAAGGAACAGUUUAUCUGGGAAAAAGGCCGCUUGUACAGGCUCACCGAGACACGGGUUAACGCACCUGGGCCUAGGCAAAAACGCCAGCUGGUAGUUCCACGGAAAUACCGGCGGGAGUUAUUGAGAAUUGGGCACGACGUUCCUCUGGCAGGACACUUGGGAAUACGCAGGACGGGAUAUCGGGUAACCCAGAACUUUUUCUGGCCUGGGGUAUCCGAUGACGUCCGGGCGUAUUGCCAGACGUGCGAGAUAUGUCAACGCAUAGGUAAGAAGGGAGACCACCCAAAGGCUAAACUGGUCUCCAUGCCCAUAAUUGAAGAACCGUUCACGAGGGUAGCCGUGGACAUCAUAGGACCCUUGGCCCAACCUAGCCGCUCCGGCAAACGUUAUAUCCUCACAGUGGUAGAUUACGCCACCCGUUACCCUGAAGCGGUGGCCCUUUCUAACAUACAGGCUGAGACGGUGGCAGAUGCACUAGUCCGGAUAUUCUCCCGAGUGGGCUUUCCCAAGGAGGUACUGUCCGACCAAGGUACACAGUUCACGGCCGAGGUAACCCAGCAGAUAUGGAAAGUCUGUGGAGUUAAAUCCCUGACUAGUUCCCCAUACCACCCCCAGACUAAUGGCCUGUGUGAACGCUUCAACGGGACGCUAAAGCAAAUGUUGAAGUCGUUCACGGGGGCGUACAAGGAUUGGGAGCGGUUCCUGCCACACCUUCUCUUUGCCUACCGAGAGGUGCCGCAGGAAUCAACCGGAUUCUCACCCUUCGAACUCCUAUAUGGGAGGCGGGUGAGGGGGCCUUUAGAUCUUAUCAAGGACCACUGGGAGGGGCAGACGGAGAUUGAGGGGACCCCGGUUGUACCUUAUGUGCUGGAACUGCGGGACCGCAUGGAGGAACUAGCCCAGGCGGUGCAGGGAAACCUCCAGGCGGCCCAGCAGCGUCAGAGGGUAUGGUAUGACCGACGGGCUAGGCACCGGAGCUUUCAGAUCGGCCAAAAAGUCAUGGUGCUAAGACCGGUCCGAACAGACAAGCUCCAGGCCGCCUGGCAGGGCCCCUACAAAGUUAUAGGGCAGAUAUGCGACACCACCUACACCAUAGCUAGCUGCGAGGAUGAGGAUGUGAAGCGAACCUUUCACAUCAACAUGCUUAAGGCCUAUCAGGAACGGGCAGAGGAAGUGACCGCUAUCUGUGCACCAGCAGGGGAAGACACAGAGACACUACCUCUUCCCGACCUAUUGGGCAGCAACGAAGGGAGGACCCAGAUAGAGAAAGUCCAGCUAGGCGAACAACUGGGACCACAAGAGAGGGCUCAAGCUGUCCGCUUGCUAGAAACCAAACAGGCCACAUUCUCUCAGGAGCCUGGGUACACACUCCUAGCCGUCCACAAGGUGGAAACUCCAGGGCAAGCACCCCUGAGGCAGCUCCCUUACCGUAUUCCGGAAGCAGUCCGAGAAGGGAUGCGGAAGGAAAUCGAUGAGAUGCUUCGGCUAGGGGUAAUAGAACACUCAGAAAGUCCUUGGGCCUCGCCGGUAGUCCUAGUACCAAAGAAGGACGGGACAACCCGCUUCUGUGUGGAUUACCGGCGACUCAACGACAAAACAGUUUCUGACGCCUAUCCAAUGCCACGGACGAACUGCUUGACCGUAUCUCUGCAGGGAAGUAUCUGACCACAAUUGACCUAUGUAAGGGAUAUUGGCAGAUUCCCCUAGCAGAAGAUGCCAUACCCAAGUCUGCCUUCAUCACCCCGUUCGGCCUAUACCAAUUCCGGGUUAUGCCAUUCGGGAUGAAGAACGCCCCGGCCACCUUCCAACGGAUGGUGGACCAAUUACUGGGAGGUCUCCAGGACUACGCAUGCGCCUACCUGGAUGACAUCGCCAUCUAUAGCGAUACCUGGGAAGCGCACCUAGAACACGUAGGGGUAGUAUUAGAUAGGAUAAAGGGGGCCGGGCUGACCCUGAAACCAGACAAAUGUCAUUUGGGUAUGGCGGAGGUACAAUAUUUGGGACACCGAGUAGGAUGUGGUAAGCAACGGCCGGAGCCGGCUAAGAUCGAGGCCGUUGCCAAUUGGCCCACUCCCCAAACCAAGACACAAGUCAUGGCUUUCUUGGGCACAGCCGGCUAUUACAGACGCUUUGUACCCGACUAUAGCGCCCUAGCCAAACCCCUGACCGACCUGACCAAAAAGAAGUUACCCCGACAAGUCCUGUGGUCCCCGGAAUGCGAGGUGGCUUUCCAAGCACUAAAGAAUGCUCUCGUUAAUGCUCCACUGUUGGUUACCCCAGAUCCUAACAAAAGGUUUAUUGUCCACACAGACGCUUCAAUGUUUGGACUGGGGGCAGUACUAAGCCAGAUCGGAGAGGAUGGGGGAGAGCACCCGGUGGCAUACCUGAGUCGGAAGUUGUUGCCAAGGGAGGUCAGUUAUGCCACCAUUGAGAAGGAGUGUUUGGCCUUGGUAUGGGCACUCAAAAAGCUCACACCCUAUCUCUAUGGCCGGGCCUUCACCCUCAUUACGGAUCACAAUCCCCUAGUUUGGCUCAACCGGGUCUCAGGGGAUAACGCCCGUUUGCUGCGCUGGAGCCUGGCGUUACAGCCCUAUGACUUUACUAUUCAUUAUCGCCCAGGCAAGCAAAACGAGAAUGCUGAUGGACUGUCGCGCCAAACGGACUUGGCCUCAGAUUAAAAACUUUGGAAAGUCCCGUCAACCCUAUUGGACCAGGAAAGGUCCAACCGAGUUGCCGGAGCAGGGAGAAAAAGGGGGGCCAUUGUGAAGGAUUUUUCAUGUAUUUGCCUGUGGGCCCUGAGUUAAACCUUCUCCCUGCUGUUUAAAUGCUUGUAUCCGUUCGGUUCAAUAUGCAUGUACCACUUUAAGAACCAAGGGUAUGUGUGUGUAAUGCAUUGCAGAACAUUUUUAAAAAGUUGACAGUUGGCAGUUAAUUCCUGGAGCCGUGAAUAAAGUUCAGUUGACUCCCUGAACGGUGUUUCGUCUGGUUACUGGGGGAUUUGGGAUAUUACUUUCUAUAGAAGCGGAGAUCUGGGGACUUAAUAUUGCAGUCCCGUUACAGUUAGUAUCCUAGAGUGCUAAAGUUUGGAAAGUACUCUUAGAUGUACAACAGCAUGUAUUAUUAUUAUUAAAAUCCUUAUCAUUCAUAUAAUCAUGCACCUACUUAUUUUUUCUUUUCCUACAAAAUAAAAAUAUGUAACCUUUUAAUUACAGGUUCCUGAUGGAUUCAUUUCACAUUUUUACUCCGUAUCGGAGCACGUUAGUCCCGUCCUGGCAUUUGGAUUUUUGGGGCCCAAGGAGCAUUUGACAGAAAAUUGUAAUUUCUUUAAGGUAUUGCAUUUGACAGAUCUGUCUAAAACUUGCUUUUAGCCGUAUCGCUUCGAUUACUUUUUAUCUUGUAUGCAUGGCAGUAAAGUUGGUAAAAUUCUAACCAAUUUCUCCAGUCAGCAGAAUAACUGACAUUGUGCAUCAAUCGGCAAAGUUUAUAGUAUCAAACUGUAUAAAUAAAUUACAGACUGCUAGUAUGGCUACCCCCUUUGGCAAUGCGACUGGUGCACUAGGCUUCCUUUGAUGGAAUCUUGUAGGGCUAUUUACUAAAGACUGAAGUUUAACAAUUUAAUAUGAACUUGGCUAUUUGUGCCCUUGUUUUUUUUUAUUUGGAUUUAAUUUUCAAAAAUUCAGGGAUGAGGGAUUCCUCAAUCAGUGCUAAAGACGAGCCAUCACUGACCUACUUCAUAUGAUUUUAAAUCCCAAUCCAUAACAGCCACAUGCAUUUCUGAGUCAGGUUCUUGUGCAUGGUUUGUGCAAGCGGAAGUAGACUGAUUAUCAACUUUCCUUUAGUUGGAUUAGGUGCAGCUUAAAUGCGGGGGAAAAAAAAGUAAAAAUACAUAUAUUCAUAAUUAUGUUUUUUAAUAAUUUGGUUAAGAAAGGAAAAAAGGGACUGCUUUUGGGAAUAUUGGUUUUCAUUUUACAAAAUAAAAUAUGUUGUGACUUCUGUUAUAAAGAAAUAAACCAAGUCAGGAUAUAUUGGAUACAAUUUAUUGCAACAGGUGGGAUGAGUAUUUUUCAAACUAGAAAAUUGCUACCUAAGUGAUGAUGAUAAAACAAAAGCCACUUGGGUAACUAACAGUUUGUCAAAGUACUGGAAGAAGUGCAGUUCAGUAAACGUAACUUUUUUUUGUAUGAAAAAAUUAGCUUGUUUUCUGAGUUGCUAAUAGUGUAAGAGGUCUCUCCGUUCUGGGACCGAGAUGCAUUAGCUGAUGAUGACCCCUAAAAAUCCUGCAGUACCUCGUGAACGACUAAACUAUAAAAUAGCCAAAUCCGCCUUACUGCCCCUUAUAUCACCUCUGUCGUUCUAAUAGAUCAAGAGUGGUCCAAAGUAAUUCACCUCCUACUCAGAGAUAGUAAGAGAUUUAAAGGGUAAAGGCAGGUCCUCCUUUAAAUGAGUUACUUAAACACUGUAUAACCUUCAAAUACCUUGAGUCACUACAUUUACCCGUCUAUAUUCGUGUAACUUAAGAACGUGUAGAUCAAAAAACUGUUCAACCUGUUUCGACUUUCCCCAGAAAACCACUUUGCUUUAUUGAUAUAUUACAUUUUUUUUUUUUAUUUUUUUUUUACAGCACCAGAUUGUACAGUAUUUGAAGGAUAUGUUUGAUUUGGAUAAAAUGAGGUAUACUACAGUCCAGUCCCUGGCAGAAGAUAUUCUCCAUCUUUCACAAAGGCGGAGUGAGAUUCUCUUGUCGUACCUGGGAAUAGAAACUGUACGAGAGCUGAAUGGGGAUGUUCCCGCAGAAAAUCGGUCUUUUGAACAUAUUUGAUUUCUCAUAUAAAACCAGACAAACUCAAAACAAAAAUAUUCGGUCUAAAUGUGGAAACUAAUUCUUUUUUUUAAUUUGGAGCAAAAGAAUUUCAUCCUUUUGUUUUUUUUGUUUCUUGUCUUAUCAGCCAAGAGCAUUUUUUUUCUGAUUAGGCUGAUUUAUUUUUGGCCCUGUGGCACUCACAAAAGCGGAAUAUAUUUGGCAGUAAUAAGUGGAUGACCAUUAACAAUUGGGCCUUUUUUUUUUUUUUUUUCAUUUCAUUUUUGCACAGUUUGAUGUGAUUUGUUGCCUACCACUGGACUUGAUAUGAAGAAUGUAAGCCUUUUCACAUCAGCCUUUUUUUUUUUUUCUUUCUUUAAAUAUUUUAAAUAACUGUUUCAACCAGAAACUGUUUUAAAAUAUAAUAACUAAUUUAAUUCCUCUGCUGGCAAAGCAAGAACUUAUCAAUGAAUUUUAACUGCAUUGUUUUCAGCUUGCAGGGACUUUUAAUCUAAAAUUGAGGGGCAUUAGAGAAUCUUUUCUCUAAGGAUGCACCUAAAAUGUGAAUGGACUGGAUUAAUUGUUAUAUGUAGAACACUGGGCUAAUUCAGGUAGAUAAUGCACAAUAUAAACCAAUAAAAGUGUAAAGUGCACAUGCAGCACUAUACUUAAUUCUCACAAAAAAAAAACCCCAAACCGAAAAGUGUGCAACGUUCCAUUAUAAAGGUGAAUUCUACACCUUCGUGUUAGCUAAAUGUAGAUAUUCUCCUUUUUGCCUAAUUUGUAUACAGCAGGAUGAUAUCAAAAGACCUCCUGUAGUGUUUUUAACGCCAGUUAUGGCAGGCACUGAGCCGCGAUGGUAAAUCUAAUUACUGCUAAGUAACUUGCUUUUAUACACUACACCAACGGUGCCCAAAAUGUAGAUCCCCAGAUGUUGUACAACUCCCAUGAUGCUUUGCAUACCUUAAGAACGACAAAGCAUCAUGGAAACUGUAGUUUUUAAAACCUCUGUGGAUCUACCUUUUGGCAUCCCCUGAACUACGCUAUGAGAGUUCUGUUUCUUUUUUGUUUUUCCCUUGAAAGAUCUCAUCAUGCUGCAUCCUAAUUAGACAUAGAGGAGAGUAUCUACAUAUUGUUUACGUUGUGGGGUAUAAAUCUCCUAUAUAUAGCACUGUGCACACUUUACUGUUUGUGUAUUGAGAUGAUGCACAAUGCCAAUGUAAUGGGUCAUAUAAAAAGUAAGUUAAUGAGGGGAGUUAAUCAAGAGAGACAUAUGGAAUUUUAAAUGAUAAAGUAACCAUGUAUUUUCGCUAGCGAAAUCCCUAUGGUAAAACCGGUGUCGGCCAUGUCAUCCGAUAGUGAACCGCAGUGCCCAUAACCUUUUGCUGGACAGCUGUGACUGGCAAGGCUCAAUGGGUGUUAUAGUUCACUAAUAGCUGGAAGGCAAUUUAUUGGUUAUCCCUGACCUGUGCUGUAACUUUGCACUUUUUUAGAAUCGUAAUGUAUACAGUGUAGGAUAUGGUGCUUGUAUACACACAUUUCUUCUAGAUCUCUGUAUCCGCUCAAUUUUGUUUUCCAUGUGAAAAAUAUAUUCCUAUAAAUCAGCUGUUUUAAGUGCUGUGUUGUGCAAAACAAUUAUGUUCUUUUAAAGGGACUAUAUUUUGUAAGUAAAUGUAUUUGAGUUUUUUUUUUUUUUUUUCUUCACACUUGACGGAGGUAAACGUUUCCAGAGAUGGUGAGGAUUGCAUUAUUUAACUCUGUACAUUUUAGUGAUUUCAUAGGAUCCGUUCAAUGUGUAGUUUAGACAAAAUGGUGAAUCUUUCUGGAUCAUUCUAAAAAACAUUCUUCAGAAGAGUAUCAUGUUAACGGAUUUAUUCAAUAAACCUUUAAAUUGUUGAGAAUUGGCAGGAUAAUUUCACAGUGAGGUGGAAACCUUUGCUUCCAAGCAGUUAAAGUUUAUUAUCCCAUAUAUUUAAAGGAGCCAUAAUAUAUACCUUUAGUGCCUUCAAUAUGGGGACAGUCUCUUUACUGCAGCCCAAUCUUUUUCAAGGGGACUUGUCAAGACUAACGAUUUUUAUUCAAUCAAGCUGCUUAAUAGCACUGGACGCACAUGGCGUCACCUAGAGUUGACGUGUGCUAUGGCUGUGCCUGGGAUGAGCUGGUUUGUGAGGUCAUUUGCUAAAUGUUGAAUAUAAUGUUAACUUUAGGCAGCAUGACUUGAAAAAGGUGAACACAAGUUUAUAGGUGAUUUUCCAAGUUUUAUUCAAUGAUCAAUUUCCAGGAAAGUGAUGGUUUUUAAUUUCCUAGUGCCUGUCUAUUUUAUAAGUUGGCUAUUAUUGGUAUAAAAUGUACAGUUCCCAAUGGCUAACAAUUUUCAGUUUCCUUUAUCAAGUUACAAAAAAA